GGCGGGGUCAGCGCUGCUGCCGGGUGCUGGAGGCGCCAUUGGCACCGGCUUGGCUUGUGAGCUCCUCUGAGGAGCGGGAGCUUGGGCCUCAGUUACACCCGCGUCGGCUCCUGGUCCCUGGUCUUUCAGCGGCAUGGCGUGCGGGGCGACACUGAAGCGGCCCAUGGAGUUCGAGGCGGCGCUGCUGAGCCCUGGCUCUCCGAAGCGACGGCGCUGCGCCCCUCUGUCCGGCCCCACUCCGGGCCUCAGGCCCCCGGACGCCGAACCGCCGCCGCUGCUUCAGAUGCAGACCCCACCGCCGACUCUGCAGCAGCCCGCCCCGCCCGGCAGCGAGCGGCGCCUUCCAACUCCGGAGCAAAUUUUUCAGAACAUAAAACAAGAAUAUAGUCGUUAUCAGAGGUGGAGACAUUUAGAAGUUGUUCUUAAUCAGAGUGAAGCUUGUACUUCGGAAAGUCAGCCUCACUCCUCAACACUCACAGCACCUAGUUCUCCAGGUUCCUCCUGGAUGAAAAAGGACCAGCCCACCUUUACGCUCCGACAAGUUGGAAUAAUAUGUGAGCGUCUCUUAAAAGACUAUGAAGAUAAAAUUCGGGAGGAAUAUGAGCAAAUCCUCAAUACUAAACUAGCAGAACAAUAUGAAUCUUUUGUGAAAUUCACACAUGAUCAGAUUAUGCGACGAUAUGGGACAAGGCCAACAAGCUAUGUGUCCUGAAGCUUUCUUGCAUAUCUGGGUACCAGGUUUGACCUCAAGAGAUGGCUGCUGUACACUUUUUGCAACUGGUUUGAUAUCACAUUUCAGCUCCAACUUUUCAUCCUGAGAACACUUAAAUGUUUCUGCAGGUCCAUUUUAUACAACUUGAAAGACCUUAAAACUUUCUGGUUGCCACAAGCAUAUCUUUCUUUUCUGCUCAUCGAAUAAACAGCUGUGCCCUACUGUGAUAGAUUUUUCAAACAAAAACACCUGGAGCAGCAGUUUAGCAAAAAUAUGCCCUCAGUGGCACUCAACAAAUGGAGUUUCCCCAAGCACAGUUCUGUAAGAAGUGUGUGUGAGAGUGUGUGUAUAUGUGUGUAUGUGUAUUUUAAGUUAUUAUUUGUAUUGUGCAAAUUUUUUUGAUCUUGGGGAUUCUGGCUGUGAAUUUGAUGCACGACAAUUAUGGUUAAAAACAUUUGCUUGGUCUACAGAAGAUCAUUAAUGUUUUGUGACCAUAUAAGUUGUAACAGUGGAUUGUUUUAUGUGUAGGUAUUAUUGUUAAAUACAGGGACUGUUUCCAGGCACAGAAUAUGAAUCAUAAGUUAGGAUGGACAUUAGACGUGAUUAUGAUGACAUAGCAAAGGUCUGUGGUCCUAGGUCUACAAAUGUGUGGUGAGGAAUAGAACAAACUGGAGACAGGCCACUUGACAUCUGAUUCUGCCUCGCCGUGUUAGAACAUUACUUUGACUCCAAGCCUUAAAAACCCAUGUGGAGUCUGUGCUCACCUCAUUCACACGGGAGCUCCCUGGACACUGAACCUCUCAGAAGGAAAAAGUCUCCUUUGGAACAAGAGCAUCAGGGUUUGAUGGGGAGCAUAACAAAGGUGGGCGCGGGCUGGGACAGGCCCCAGAGGCACUGCUGCUUGGGAGGAGCCACUUCACCUUUGUAUCAGUUAUUAAAAAUAGAAUUUGGAUCCUUUGGUCGGGUUCCCCCAAAUUCUUUUUAAGAGAUGUCCAUGUUCAACUGCUUAAGCUUUGUUUUGGCAACCCCUGCCCAAAGUUGCUUACAGACUGUUCUUCACCUUAUUUCCAAGGCUGAGGAACAGAAAGUAGCCUCUGUUUUGAGGAGGUGGAAGUUAAGUAUACAUUUAUUUUUUACUGUGACUUGUUCAGGACCACAUUUUACAAAAUGCCUUGUUUCCUUUAUUAUUGUUUCUGGAAAGGAAAGUUCUAUUAAAAUUGUUUUAGUUUGAAUAUAGACUAGUUUUUUUAAUUAAGGCUUAUUUUGGGGAAAAACAAAACAAAACUUAAGUUUAAAUCAAACAUGCCAGUACCUUCCAAAGUAAGGUAAUAUUCAGAGACAGUUGUCCUGAUCAUAUAUAUGGCUUAGAAAAAUUUCUGGAAUAUUCACAUUCGAAGAUUCCUUAUUAAUGAAUGUCUUUGACUUAAAUCUAACCAAAACAACAACAUUAUUCUUUGUACAUUUUCAUUAUAUAGUGUUAAUAAGCUUAGUUGCAAACAAAUAAAAUACUUAAGCUAUU